AUGGCGGAGAGUCUGGACACCAACCAGAUCAAAAACUGGCGAUCAAUAAUUACCCUCAUACUUUUUGUGAUAACUAACAUCAUCGUGCUUUUCCCAUUUCAUGUCCCGUUCUACAUUCCUCGGUGGCUCUACAAUGCAAGUUUGGACGGACUCGCCGCGAUACGAAUCAUACCUCCGCGCAAUCACGACACUUCUCAACCUCAUGAAAAGUCCAAAUCAUUUGUUCGACUGAACAUACCCCUCAACUUUGUCACUGCACCAUUAAUAGCCGAUCUUUUCCUUCUGGCCAUCUUGGCAAUUGGCCGACAAGAAGUACACGACGGGACAGUGGGAGCCAACGGCAUUUCUCCCAUCGAUAUUCUCGUCUUCUUCCUCACGCUGGCCUACAUCGCAAUUUCCAUCGACGCAUCAGGUCUCAUCCGGUAUCUCGCGUUCAAGGUUCUCCAAAAGGGCAACGGCGUCGGCCACCGGCUCUUUUUCUACCUCUACACCUUCUUCUUUGUCCUGGGCAGCUUCAUCGGAAACGAUCCGAUCAUUUUGUCCGGCACAGCUUUCCUUGCCUACAUGACCCGCGUAUCGAGCAAUAUUGUCCACCCUCGAGCGUGGAUUCACAGCCAGUUUGCCAUUGCGAAUAUUUCAUCCGCCAUUUUGGUCUCCUCCAACCCGACCAAUUUGGUGCUGGCGGGGGCAUUCGGUAUCAAAUUCCUCGUGUACACGGUGAACAUGAUUGUCCCCGUGGUCGUGACAGCCAUCGUCGUUUUCCCCUUCUUGCUAUACAUCAUUUUCGCCGAUACCUCACUCAUCCCAGUCUCGAUCGAGAUGCACGAACUGUCCGAUGAAGCGAAAGCUAAAAAACCCGUCAACCCAAACAUCCCGCAUGCGAGAGGAAGCGCGGAAGAAGAUGAGAACGAAGUUAACGAUGAGAAUGGUAAACUCCUCUCAUUAGAGGAGAUCAUGAAUCCCUUCUUGGACAGAGGAGGCGCCGCAUUCGGCGGCCUGAUAAUGGCCGCGACUCUUGUCACCAUCCUAGCGCUAAACGCCGCUUCCAAUUCUAAACAUGAGCGUCCCGUGUUCUGGGUGACCUUGCCAGCUGCCUUUGUCAUGUUCUGCUGGGAUAUGGGGACGGGCUGGAUCCAUCGACAUGAGACGAGAGAGAUUGCCGCGACGGGUCGACAAGAACUGGAGGCUGCGCGGGCCGAGCGCGAGAGGCAGCAGUCGGUCCAGAACUCGCCAGAUAAUAUUGCGCAAGCCAAUCUUGAACGCCUUCGGGCGCGAGCGCAUGAUUCCAGAUCGGAGGACUCUGAGCUGGAUGGUCGUGAUACGUUAAGCUUGGAUCCUAUUCACGUCAGCACCGGGAUAAAAGAGUCGGAGAACACUUACGAGCCGCCCCUCCCAGAUCCCAUUUUGGAUGAUAAAGAGGCUUUCCCAGACUACCGGUCUCCGAGUUCGAUUAUCAAUGCAUCGGAUUCAUCUUCGCCCGAGUCCACCAAGGUCCUAGGGAGAGAGGUGAUAGACGAAAAGUCAAUUGGCACGUCUCAAACAGAAACAAAGCAGCCAACAACACUGGUCACUCUCUUCGAAGAUCUCUACCGAUGGUGCCAAGAGACCUUCCCGACUGUUACAGUCGUGAUAUCGCAUUUGCCAUUCCCGCUGGUCCCAUUUGCGCUAGCCAUGUUCGUGCUUGUCCAGGCGCUUGUGACUAAGGGCUGGGUACCUGUCUUUGCUUAUGGGUGGGACCACUGGGUUGAGAAGACGGGAACAGUAGGAGCUAUUGGCGGCAUGGGCUUUUUGUCUGUGAUUCUUUGUAACUUCGCUGGCACAAACAUCGGCACAACAAUCCUACUCUCGCGCGUAAUCCAAGCCUGGCAAGAAAUCCACCGCGUCAACAACACACCCAUCAGCGACCGCACAUUCUGGGCAACGGUCUACAGCAUGGCGCUUGGUGUGAACUACGGCGCGUUCAGCACGGCAUUCAGCGCAUCGCUCGCUGGGUUGCUGUGGCGGGAUAUUCUGGCAAGAAAGUAUAUUCGCGUUGGGAGUAUUGAGUUUGCAAGGGUUAAUUUGCCCAUUAUUGCUAUCUCGAUGGCUGUUGGAUGUACGGUUUUGGUUGGGGAGGUUUAUUUAAUGAGGAAAACGACGCCGUAUGAUGCUUGA